GGGCGUCGCGACCGCGGGCGCCGAGCCGAGCCGAGCCGGGCUGGCGCGGCCCAGCGGGCGCACCGCGGCGCCGAAGCCCCGGACGGCGCUCCUGGCCCGGAGAGGCCGCCGCCCGCCAUGCCGUCGGCGCCGCUGCCGCCCAAGGAGAGCAACCUCUUCAAGCGGAUCCUGAAAUGUUAUGAACAAAAACAAUACAAAAAUGGACUCAAAUUCUGUAAGAUGAUCCUCUCUAAUCCAAAGUUUGCUGAACAUGGAGAGACAUUAGCUAUGAAAGGGCUGACACUGAACUGUUUAGGAAAAAAAGAAGACGCGUAUGAAUUUGUUCGUAGAGGGCUUCGUAAUGAUGUCAAAAGUCACGUGUGUUGGCAUGUGUAUGGACUCUUACAGCGCUCCGAUAAAAAAUACGAUGAAGCGAUUAAGUGCUAUCGAAAUGCUCUUAAGUUAGAUAAAGACAAUCUACAAAUCCUAAGAGAUCUUUCACUGUUGCAGAUCCAAAUGAGAGAUCUUGAAGGAUAUAGAGAGACCAGAUAUCAGUUACUCCAGCUUCGGCCCACUCAGAGGGCAUCGUGGAUUGGCUAUGCAAUUGCAUAUCAUUUGUUAAAAGAUUAUGACAUGGCCUUAAAACUAUUAGAAGAAUUUAGGAAAACACAGCAGGUUCCCCCCAAUAAAAUAGACUACGAAUAUAGUGAAUUAAUACUGUACCAGAACCAAGUGAUGAGAGAAGCAGAUCUGUUUCAAGAAGCUUUGGAACACACAGAAAUGUACGAGAGGCAAAUCUGUGAUAAACUCAUGGUAGACGAAAUUAAAGGGGAAAUGUUGCUGAAUUUGGGACGCCUCAAAGAAGCUGCUGAAACAUACAAAGAUCUUAUUGACCGGAAUGCAGAAAGUUGGAGUUACUACGAAGGCCUGGAAAAAGCUUUACAGCCACACUCUUUAGAAGAGAGGCUAGAAUUGUACGAAGAAAUAGGCAAGCGACAUCCACGAGCCGUUUCACCUAGAAGGUUACCUUUAAACUUUGUCACAGGUGAAAAAUUUAGAGAACUAAUGGAUAAAUUCCUGAGGGUUAACUUCAGUAAAGGCUGCCCACCUCUGUUCACUACUUUGAAAUCUUUGUAUUACAGUACAGAAAAGAUUUCAACAAUCCAAGAGCUUGUUAUGGGUUACGAAACUUCUUUGAAAACCUGUCACUUGUUUAGUCCACAUGAAAAUGGAGAGCAGGAACCUCCAACGACGCUGCUUUGGGUUCGUUAUUUCCUUGCACAGCAUUUUGACAAGCUUGGCCAGUUUUCCUUGGCGUUGGAUUACAUUAAUUCUGCUGUUACUAGUACUCCAACACUAAUAGAGUUGUUCUAUUUGAAGGCCAAAAUCUAUAAGCAUGUAGGCAACCUCAAGGAAGCUGCCAAGUGGAUGGAUGAGGCCCAGUCCUUAGAUACAGCAGACAGAUUCAUCAAUUCCAAGUGUGCCAAGUAUAUGCUGCGUGCAGACAUGUUCAAGGAUGCUGAAGAAAUGUGCUCCAAGUUCACAAGGGAAGGGACUUCUGCAACAGAGAAUCUCAAUGAAAUGCAGUGCAUGUGGUUCCAGACAGAAUGUGCUUUAGCUUUUCAAAGAUUAGGAAAAUAUGGAGAGGCUCUGAAACAGUGCCAUGAAGUGGAAAGGCACUUUCUUGAGAUCACAGACGAUCAGUUUGACUUCCAUACGUACUGCAUGAGAAAGAUGACCCUGCGUGCCUAUGUUGACCUCUUGAGGUUGGAAGAUGUUCUAAGAAAACACACUUUUUAUUUUAAGGCCGCUCGAUCAGCAAUUGAAAUUUACUUGAAGCUUCAUGACAACCCCUUAGCCAAUGAGAGCAAAGAGCAAGAAGUAAAUUCAGAGAACCUUUCUGCCAAAGAACUUAAGAAGAUGCUCAGCAAGCAGAGACGAGCGCAGAAAAAAGCUAAACUAGAGGAGGAGAGGAAGCAUGCGGAAAGAGAGAGGCAGCAGAAGAAUCAGAAGAAGAGACGAGAGGAAGAAGAGGAAGAAACCAGCGGCCCCAAGGAAGAAUUGGUCCCCGACAAACUGGAAAGGGUUGAGAAUCCGUUGGAGGAGGCCAUUAAGUUUCUUAUACCUCUGAAGAAUCUUGUGGCAGAUAACAUAGACACCCACCUAUUAGCCUUCGAAAUAUAUUUUAGGAAAGGAAAGUUUCUGCUCAUGUUGCAGUCAGUUAAAAGAGCUUUUGCUAUUGAUGACAAUAACCCUUGGCUCCAUGAAUGUUUGAUUAAAUUUUCUAAGUGUGUGUCAAGUCAUAGUAAUUUGCCAGAAAUUGUGAACAAAGUUCUUACCCAAGAAAUGCAGAAGAUUUUUAUUAGCAAAGAUUUGGAAAGUUUUAAUGAAGAAUUUCUCAAACGCAAUUCUACCUCUAUAUGGCACCUGCUCUCAGGUGCCAAAAUGAUGUAUUUCCUGGAUAAUUCAAGGCAAGAGAAAGCAAUUGCGAUUGCUACUAGACUAGAUGAAACAAUGAGAGACAGAAAUGUGAAGACUUUAACAACGGUUUUGGAUUUCUUACUCGAUGGCACCUUUGGAGAAUGCCGCAGCCAGAGCGAAGGGUAUCGGACAGCAUGCCACAAACUGUUCCCUUUAGCGUCUGCCUUUAUCUCUCCCACCAAUGAAGAUGAGAGUUGCUUUGCACCAAUGAAUCAUACAGCCAUUAAUCAUGAUGUGCUAUCCAAUGAAAUUUAAAAUAGAAGACAGACUGGCUGCUGAUGGGUGAGGGUUCUGCAGGAUCUAAUUGGAACAAUUCAGAUGUCAAGCCCAGGCAACUGGAUGCAAAUCCACUGUGGAUUCCAUUCAUACUUGUACAGCUAUGAAUCUUUCUAUUCUAAAUCACGGACCCAUAAAUUCUACUGCAUAUACCAAUAAAUACAGUAACCUUCUUUCAAAACAGAUGGAACACAGAGAUGUCCAUGGGGGAAUCAAAGAAGAUGCCGCCAUCUUGACUUUGUUCACCCGCCCUGCCCCACCCCUGGACAGCCCUGGAUGGGAAAGUUGGCAAACCAGGGUGGAUAUAACGCCACAUGUGUUCUUCAUUGUUUUCAGCUUUUCUUUCAAAGCACGGGUCGUGCUGAUAGGUGCUGGCAUAGUGUGUCAGUCUCAUAGUGUUGUAUGGGAACGCUGCUGAUUAAUUGGAAAGGCUUGUUUGGAUUUUUAAAUUGGAAUAUGUAUUCUUUAAAACUGUAAAUUAUUUUGGUUCAUAAUUACUCAGUUCAACAAUUGGUUAAACACUUAAUACCAUUAAGUUGCCAUUAUGACUAUUAAGAUACCUUUUUAUUACUUAGGAAUUUUAAAACAUUUCAUUUCAAAAACCGAGGAAAAAAUAUAGUUAAUGGAGAAUAUGGUCUUGUCUUAAUAAUAGCAGUGAGCUACAUUAAAAUUCUCAAGAAAUGAUCCUGAAAUCAAUAUUUACAAAAGUAUUGUUGUUUUACAUGCUCUAAAGCCAUUAAUGUUAAGAUGUUAUUUUUAAAAAAGCACAACUAAGUUUAAUUAUAAAUUGCAUUUCACCUUUCUUUUCCCCUGUUUAUUUUUUAUGAGUCAGUUAAUCUAAAUGCAUUUCACAUACAACAUAGCAAAGUUUUGAUUCAGUUGUUUUAAAGGUUUUUCUUCAGGAGAUAAAUGAACUAUUCAUGAAAAUGUAAAAAAGUAAAAAUACACUGUGGCUUGUAUAAAGAAUUCUUUUUUUUUUUUUGGAAGAAAACAAUGGAACCAGUUUGUUUUCAUGUUUUUUGAGUAAUGUAAAUAUUUAAGAUUACUUAGGUCCUAUGCAAAAUUAAAAAAGGGAAGUUUUACCAAGAUAAAUGUCAUUAAGACAAUCUCCUUUGUCAUCUAGUUAGGAUCAAUAGUUGAAUGAAAACUUACUGUAAAAAGUCAACAAUGUAAUGCUGUAAUAAAUUAUUUUGUACACUUCA